UUGAAAUUAAAUUUUGGGAAAAAUAGUAGAAAGUUGCUUGUUGGAAUAAAAUACUGGUAACGCAAGUUGCAUUGUCGGAGAACAAGGAGACCGAUAUCGGUAAUUGUUUUCGUAAAACUCCAACAACCAUCGGUUGCGAGUUGCGAGUUGCGAGUUGCGACUCAAAAUCAAAUCAAAAGCUCCCACGCUUCGAUCAGAUCCAACACGCCCAUUUCUCCUCCUCUUCCUCUUAGGGUCAAACGUCAAGUGAUUUCCAUUGCACAUUCACCAGAAACUGAGGUUCCUACCUUCCUUGAACUCACUUCAUAUAGAGAGAGUUGAAGACUGUAUCAUUUGAACAUAUCUGUUUAUAGUGAAUGCCCACUGUGUCAAAGAUACAAUUUUCCAAGUCCCUGUUGGGUGAAUAAAGGCUUGCAUGCUCUGUUAGAGUGGUCUGUGAAUGGGAGCCAAAAAGGUCUGACUGUUGAGUUUAGAUUAUUGAUGGAGCAAAGAGUACAGCUACGCUGUGGUAGCACUGUCGAAGCUAUAUCCACUCAGGGAGGUUUAGACAGAGAACAGGUUUCAGAGCCGCUUGAUAUUGAAAAUGAAACCAGCAAGGAUACAAACCACCCCAGCAGUUUUGAUGUUGGUUAUAGUUCAGAUGAUAACCUCGAAACGUUGCCUAAAGCUUCAACAGAGGCUAUCUCUCCCGCUGACAUACUAAAAACACUCUUCUUUAUACUUGUAUGGUACACUUUCAGCACAUUUUUGACUCUGUACAACAAAACUCUCUUAGGAGAUGAUUUGGGGAAAUUUCCUGCUCCCUUGUUAAUGAAUACCAUUCACUUUUCUAUUCAAGCGGUUUUAUCAAAGAUGGUAACAUGGUAUUGGUCCGGAAGAUUUCAACCUGAUGUUACCAUAUCAUGGAGAGACUAUUUCAUUAGAGUUGUACCAACGGCACUUGCAACUGCUUUGGAUAUAAAUCUAAGUAAUGAGUCACUGGUCUUCAUAUCGGUUACUUUUGCAACAAUGUGCAAAUCUGCAUCCCCAAUAUUUCUUCUUCUCUUUGCUUUUGCCUUCAGGUUGGAGUCUCCAAGCCUGAAGCUUUUUGGCAUUAUUUCAGUUAUCUCAGCAGGAGUGCUGUUAUCAGUUGCAAAGGAGACAGAAUUUGAGUUUUGGGGUUUCGUUUUUGUUAUGCUCGCUGCUGUCAUGUCUGGUUUCCGCUGGUGUAUGACCCAAGUUCUUUUGCAGAAAGAGACCUACGGCCUGAAAAAUCCCUUCACAUUUAUGAGUUACGUGGCACCAGUGAUGGCUAUAGUGACUGGUCUUCUUUCUCUCCUUCUGGAUCCAUGGAGUGAAUUUAGAGACAACAUAUACUUUGAUAGUGGAGCGCAUUUUACUCGAACUUGUUUCUUGAUGCUUUUUGGUGGAGCACUGGCUUUUUGUAUGGUUUUAACAGAGUAUAUUCUUGUUUCGGUCACCAGUGCUGUAACCGUCACAAUAGCUGGGGUCGUUAAAGAGGCUGUCACUAUAGUGGUUGCAGUAUUUUACUUCCAUGACGAAUUUACGCGGCUGAAAGGAUUUGGUCUGAUGAUUAUCAUGGUUGGUGUCAGUUUGUUCAACUGGUACAAAUACGAGAAACUACAAAAGGGGCACAAAACAGAAGAUGAUAAGCAUCUACAAGCUCCAAGUCAGACUGGAAAAUAUGUGAUUCUUGACGAGACUGAUGAUCAAGAAAAUGGUCCCUAAGCAAUAUUUUUGUGUGUUGGGCCCUUACACCGUUCUCUGGUAACUCGUUUAUAUUGGGACAUCAUUAUAUGUGGACCUUCCUUGAGAAAACAUUUGGAAAUUUUGGAUGUUUCCUUGCCUUCAAAAGAGAUAGAAGAACACAGGUCAUUUGAAGAGUUUAAAUAAAGUUUUCUCACUCUUUUGAUUUUUGUAAUUCUAUUUGUACUCGACAGUGUUAAGAAUUGUUCCAUAUAAAGUAGUAAGCAACCGAUCAAAUUCGGUCCAAUA